AUGGACUACUUCGCUGCGCCUGCAGCUCCUCGUGGCUCAUACUUUGAAUCUCUUGUGGAUGCCGAUUCAUCCAGCUCGAGCUCUCCUGAUAAUAUGGCAGACGUGUUUCGAUAUGGCAGUAUUGAGUCUGACAUGUUUCCCCCCGGCCACGGCUGGGACCCAGCUGAUCUCGACACGCUCGACACCUUCACCCACUUCAAACCGGACACCACCAGACAUGCCAGUGCUCAGUCGUCUACAGACUCCGAACAAACGGUUGUCCCACCCUCGAAAGUGGUGAGGCAAUUCCUCACCGAUGAGGCCCGAGCAACCGCUAACGAGCAGGGCCAGCGUCGGAGAGCACAGAACCGGGCUUCGCAACGAGCCUUCCGCGAGCGUAAAGAGAAACACCUCAAGGGCCUGGAAUACCAACUGGAAACCCUCAACGAAAAACACCAGGACCUUCUGUGCUCGUACAACAAGCAGAGCGACAGCAUCAUCAGACUGAAUCGCAAAAUCGCCCAGCUACAAGCCGACCUGGAGGCUUUUCGCUUCACCGCUGCAAUGGCGGACCCUCCCACUUCCCAGCCCUGCCAACGUCGCAAAUGGCACGGCCCAAACCCAAAGGUGAUGCCAGACAAAUUCGACGCAUUCUCAAACGCCGCCAAUUUUGGGCCCGUGCUUUAUGACGGCUACGAGCUAGGUCCAGAUGGAACAGUCGUCAACACUGUCGAUACCCAAAACGCUAGGCAGGCGACGAGGACCGGACGAAGGUUACCAGAGUUUGAAGAUCUGCUGCGCAUGCAGUGA